UUCCAGGUCUGAGAAAAUGCUUCUCCUUGGUAUUUUCCAAUUUCUCAUGCUGGCAUUAUCACUGACUGUGGCCUCUGAGGAAGGAACAAUUACAUGUGAAUUUAGAAAGAACGCAUGCAAUAUUGUGUCCUGUGGAUUACCAGGUCAAGAUGGGAGCCAGGGUCCAAAAGGAGAAAAAGGAGACCAAGGUCGUCCUGGAAAAGUUGGCCCCACAGGGAUUAAAGGAGAUCUGGGCUCUAUGGGGCCCAAAGGACCAAAAGGAGAAAAAGGAGAAAUUGGAGAACUUAUUCCACUCAAGUCACAAAUAACUGCUUUGCAAGGAGAAAUGAGGACACUGCAGGAUCUCAUGCAGAAAUAUAGAAAAGUUAUGAUAUUGCUUGGUGCCAAAACUGUGGAUGAUAAAUGGUUUGUAGUAGCAGCAUCUGAAGGGACAUUUGAAGAGGGAAAGAGAAUAUGUUCACAAAGGGGUGCUCUGCUGGCAUCCCCCCAGAAUGCCAGGGAAAACAGAGCUUUGCAAGAACUGGCUCAAGAGUUUAACAGGAACAUCUACUUGGGAAUAAGUGAUGAGAAGAUUGAAGGUACAUUUCAGUAUCACAAUGGACAAACUCUCAGCUAUACAAAUUGGGCAAAUGGUGAACCCAAUGGUGGAACGAAAGAGAACUGUAUUGAACUCUACACCAAUGGUCAAUGGAAUGAUAAAUCAUGUACAGAAAAAAGACUAAUUGUUUGUGGAUUUUAGGUCAUACCAAAGUUUUAAAGGGGCAACUGUGUUGACUGGUGUUGCUGAUGCUCUCUUAAAGGAUUUCCUGUGUAGGGGUUCUGUCUUCAUCUAUGAGAUAAGGGCAAGAUUUGGCAUUUGCCUUGAUCCCUUAAGUAAGAUUCAUUACAAAUUUAGCUGACUUUAUGUCCUUAAGAAAAUUAAUUGAAGGAAAAGUUGCCACCAAGAUAUAGUACAAGCUUGUAAAUAAUGAAACAUGAUGUGCAUAGGGGAAUUCGAUCUAGGACUUUUUGACGAUGCUCUGAGGAAAUACACAAGAAAACAAUAGAAAGAAUCUGAUAAGAAAUGUAAUGAUAGGCAAUGGCCAAAGAUGGAAAAGCUAUUUAAAUAUGGACUUUAAACAUUGUAGGUGACAGUUCAGAGACUGAGAUAUCAUUUUAAAAAUAAAAUAUUUCAAUAUUACAUGUUAUGACAUAAUAUUGGAAAUAACACAGGUCAAAACAAUUAUAGAAUUGCCAGAUUUGAAAGUUGGGUCCAAUCAGAGGCAACCCAAGGCUCAAAUUUCCUCCACAAUGCAUAUUUGUUCCACUUUGAUAUGAAUGACAAAAACCUUACUACAUUCUAAGGCAGCCUCCUUCCAUUGCUGGCCAAUUCUUCUUCAAAAAUUCUCCCUUAUAAUGAAUCCAAACUUGCCAUCCUACUCAGCCCUAAAACUUCAAAUCAUUGAUCAUUGUUAUCUCUUCUGAAACUACAUAGGGAAAUUCUAAUUUAUCUUCUACUUAACAUUGUUAAUGACACACAACUUCUGCAAACAUUUUUUAAAAAAAAAUAACUGGAAAUGGGAAUGAUAUUUCUCUCAUCCCAUGCUAUAUCUUCUCCAGGUUAAAUAUUACUCACUACUCCAACCAUUUUUUUUUUAUGAUUUAACUUCCAGGCCCUUAUUAGCCUCUAUAAAUUUCUUCCAUUUCACAAAUUCUGCUUUUUAAGAAGUUAUUUUCUUUUUCCACUUCACAAAUUCUGUUUUCCUAGGAAUUUUUACUUUUCCCAUUUCACAAAUUCUGUUUUCCAGGGAGUUGUUUUCUUUUUCCACUUUAUCAAAUCUAUUUUUAAUGAGUUACAUGCCUUUUCCAAACCUUCUUGCAAAGUUUUCCUUUCCUUUUCCCAUUAUUCUUCUAGCUUCUUUUGAGAACCUUUUUAAUUUCUUCUAAGAGAGCCUUGUGUGAUGGAGACCAGGUUAUAUCACCCUUUUGGGGCUUCAUCUGGAAACAAUCUACUUUUAGUCUCCUCAGGGUUUGAAAUCUGUUUUCUUUCAUCAUAAGAGCUGUCUAUAGUUAGAGUUUGCUUUACCUUUUUACUCAUUAUUUUUAAAAGUUGGAGUCUGCUUUUAGGGCAAGGAAGGUUUUCCAAGUUUCCUCUACAGGAACAGGGAGUGGCAAGACAGCAACAGCCGCUGCACUGGGUCAGUGCUGACUCACUCCCAGUGCUGGGUGGACAUGACCAGGUCCCAUGAAAUUCUGGCCUUUUGGGGUUCACUUUUUACCCUCUUCAUUUGUGGUGGAUGUUUUAUAACUUCUCUGCUGAUCCAUUCGCUUGCAAACAGGGCAGAGUAGUCAACACUGUGGUAGAGUCCUCCUGUAGAUUCUUCACUGCCCAGAAUCUGCACUGCCCUGCAGAGACUGCACCACCCCAGGUCUACACAGCAUGCACUGACAUCCUGCACCAGGCCUCUCUCCCUCCGUGUCUAACCAAAAUGGACCUUUUCUGGCAAUGUUCAAAAUUAUCUUCUGCUGUUAAUUUGCUGCAGUCACAAUAUUCACAAAUUCUGCUGGUCUAGAACUAAUGUAGAGGCUGAUUUUGGUAAUUAGUUAAGGUCCUGGGAGAAGUUCAGAAAGAAAAGUGUAUCCUUUCUUGGCUCCACCCUCUAUAAAUUUCUUAAGUGCACAUUUGUCUUUGUAUUCCCUAUGCCUGCACAUACUAGGAGUUUAAUAAAUACUUGAUGAUCA